CUAGUGGUCGGUCAAAAACAAAAGGCAGCAGCGCAGCUGAACGUUUCGCAGGCUGGCGUAUUUGUUAUUUUUUUAUUGUUUAUAAAUUUAAAGGAACAUAAAAACCAAUAUGACCAAAAAGUGAAUAAAAAAGCAGACGGAGAAAGAUCUAUUCGAUUAAAUGUUUGUAAUAAAAUAAAAUGAUAUUGUGGUCAAAAUUCAAAUCAAUUUGAAGUUCGCAUAAUUAGUGUAUCCCAAAAAGCAAAAAAAAAAAACGACAAUGACGACGAAGGAGUAAAAACAUAAGUUUUGUAUCGACUCGGUGCAUUUUUUCUAUUGGAAAUGUCGAAAUGUAUUUGCUUUUAUAAUAAGCAACAAAUGCACGUUUGUCACACACAUGCAUCGGUUCAAACAGAACAUGUUCAAGCAAAUUGUGAUUUUAAGGUGGAGUGGAAAUAAAUUAAGAAAAAAUACAACACCACGAGACCACUAACGAAAAGAAAAUACAACAACAAAACAUUCAAACAGCAUGUUACUGCGGUCCAGCUGCUACGACGUCAUCAGAUUCCAAAUAAUAGCUACUAAAAUACAAAGAGCAGUUUAUAAUUGCGAAAGUGCUGCCAAUUCAAUUUGCCAUUCAGAAGCGUUGUCGGAUACUCAGUUAGUCUGUCAGUCCUUGAUCAAAUAACAACAGGAACUAACAUAGAAAUAUGCAAAUGGAGGCAGUCAACUGUCUCGGCUGAACACUGACGAAAUCAAGGAAGAAGAAGCAGACUACGAAUUUUUGUGACGACAACGCGGCCAUAUUUCACCCAAAAACAAAAUAGCAACAACAAAAAGCUAAAAACAAAACUAGAGAAUUAAAACAAAAAUACCUAUGAGACUGAGCAUGCGCAGCUUAUUCAACUAGAUCCACCAUAAACCAAUACAACAACAACAAACUACAAACAGCAACAACAAAUAUAGUCUUAGUAACAAACAAACAAAAAACCAAUACGCUUGGAUGAUAUUGAGAGUAAACUAGGCAAAAAUUUUGCGGCUCUGCUCUUUACUCCAGUUAAAUAUAUUAUAUUAGCAAACACAACAACAACAACAACGGCAACCACAACAAAAUGUACAAUGAUUAAGAUGCAAUAACAAAAUCAACAACAGUAACAACAAUAUACUCUUAUUAUCAUUAAAGCAGACAUCCAACCCCCCCCCCCCUCUGGUUUUAAACAAUUAAAAAACGCAAAAGUCUUUAAAACAAAACAAAAAGAAAAACAAAGUCCGUCAACAAAACCAAAAACUUGGGAAGGCAGGCAGCCAGGCAGACAAACCGUCAGACAAGCCACAAGAUAGCAACGACAUAAGGCCAACCACGACAACGACGACGUCGACGUAACUAGUCAUUAGUCCAACAACAACAGACCAUUUACAUUUUUUCCAAAGCCAGCCAGCAUUCCAGUUUUACCUUCAUCACCCUGAGACAACAACUCUGGCUUUUUUGCCGCUGAUAUAAUAUAUUUUUUUUUGCGCGUGUAACUUGUUUGUUGUCCGAUUAAAACUCUUGUUUUGGCCAUAACAGAACAACAAGACAAGCUAAGCAAAAAACCAGUCAAAACACAUAGAACCUGAAGCAGAGAAGCAUCACCCAAGACGACGGGGACCAACAAGCCAAAACGACAACCUCCAGCUGUGUGCGGGCAACUCAUAUUUUAGAAGUCCUUAAUCAACAACAGAAACAGAAACACAACUGCUUCAUAACUUUUUUUCUAAUGCAGCGGCCAAACCAGAAAGCAUCAGCUGCAUCAGAAUCAUCACAACUUGGCUAAUAUUACCAGACAACAGUUAUUCCAACACCGGGGUGUUUAGCAAAGCCAAUACUCUUGCCAUGGCCAGCAACAUGCACAAUACUCGUUUGUUGAGAUUUCUAAUUGUGGUGUCCAUUGUUGUUCUAACCAUAUUUAUCUAUGCCUCCUAUUCAUCCACACAGACCCUAGCGCCGCCGCCCAUGCGCAAUACAGCUAUGGCCUCACUGAUGGCCUUUUCAAUGGCAAAUAAAAGCAGCAGCGGCGCUGGCAGUAACGCCGAUGUCUUCGAACCGGUGGCAAGUGCCAAUGUCAAGAACAACAGGGCUGCCCCGCCAUAUAUACGUUACGAGAAUCUACCAUCAGCAGGUGGUGGUGGUGGCAGUCAUGGCAACGAUGUGGUCGUCAUUAAAAAAUUAACGCAUCAUCGUGAGCCCACCAUUGAUGAAAAUGCCAUAGAUGGUGGUGGUAGUGAUGGACCGGGCACAGAUGUUGGUGCUGCAGGGGAAACUGGCACCGGUGGCGCCGAAGACUUGACACUCGGUGUCGGAGGUGGUGUUGGCGAUGAUACCGCCUUGGACCAUUUCAAUAAUCAAAACAACGAUUUAAUGCAAGAGGAACAAUAUGUCCAGGCUGUUGAAAAUAAUUUAGUUAAUAUUAACAAUUCAGCAGCAUCAGCCGGUUCUGGUACAGGAGCAGGUGAAAUGAAACAACAGCAGCAGCAGCAACAACAGCAAUCACCCGAAGGCCAGCAAUCACAGCAGCAGCAACAACAACAAGCACAACAAAAUAAAAUAUCAGAUUCAGAUGUUCUAAUACCAACAUCUAAUCUGCAAAAAUUCAUUGAAAGUGCAGAUAAAAUAUUGAAAAAUAUCUCAAGUCAGCAUCACGUGGUGGCCACCGCUGAUACGAUAAACAAAUCCCCCGAUAAGUAUUAUCUACCACUGGAUCCUAACAAUGAUGACAAUGAAAUACUCGAUGACAACGAUGAGGCACAACAGCCCUCGGUUAUAAUGACCAUUAAAGGAGGUGCCGGAGACAUUCUCAGCAAUAUAAAUAAUAAAGAUAGUGAAAAAAUUGCUGAUGAUAAUAAAAAUAACAACAAAAAUGAGGCUGUAAAACAAGUAGCCUCGGCGGCGAUCUCAUCGGCAUCUGCAGCGGGAGCAGCUGCUGCACCAUCAUCAGCUAAAACGACAGCAACCACCAAAAAGGCAGCAACAAAGGUACAAUCUGCCGAUCCAACACAGGGAAUACCCACGCAACAAAUUUACGAACCCGGCCAUAUGAACGAGGAGAUCGAUAUUGAGCAAAUUUGUCCCAACAAGGGUGACAAAUUGAAACUUUUAAUACUCAUAACAUCAGCACAAACUCACACCGAGGCACGACUGGCCAUACGACAGACCUGGGGUCAUUUCGGUACACGUCGUGAUGUUUCCACCGCUUUUAUACUGGGUCGUACCACCAAUGCCACCAUCAACGAGGCCCUGACCCAAGAGAAUAUGAUUUAUGGUGAUCUGAUACGUGGUCACUUUAUUGAUUCCUACAACAAUUUGACAUUGAAAACAUUAUCAUCCCUGGAAUGGGUGGACAAUCAUUGCCCCAAGGCCAAGUAUAUACUGAAAACCGAUGAUGAUAUGUUCAUAAAUGUGCCAAAGCUGUUGCAAUUCCUCGAUGCCCAUGCGAAGGACAAACGUGUCAUCUACGGACGUUUGGCCAAGAAAUGGAAACCCAUACGAAACAAGAAAUCCAAAUAUUAUAUAUCGACGGGGCAAUUUAAUGCCGCUGUGUUUCCGCCCUUUACCACCGGCCCGGCCUAUGUGCUGACAAGUGAUAUUGUGCAUGAGCUGUAUGUUAGAUCACUGCAUCAGGUCUAUCUGAAGCUGGAGGAUGUCUUUACGACGGGCAUUGUGGCCCAACAGCUGGGCAUCAAGCGGGUGCAUGUCAAUGAAUUCCUUAAUCGGCGCAUUGCCUUUAAUCCCUGCAAUAUUCGCAAAUCAAUAUCCGUGCAUAUGAUUAAGGCCAAUGAGCAAUUCGAUCUGUGGAAGAAGCUGCUGGAUCAGACCACAAAAUGUAAAUAGUAUUUUAAUGUUAGGAUAUUUUAAGUUAUUUUUAGUAGUAAACGCAUACAUAUAGCCACAUACACACAUACAUACAUACUAUGCAUAUAUACACAUAAACAGAGCCACUCAUUGAUUAGCCUGUAAGUUUUAUGAUAAACAACUACAAUAACAAAAACGAAAAAUGGACAGAUGUGAAGAAUAACAACAACAGAAUAAUCUUUAAGUUAAAACUAGUAGAAUUUUUUUUAUUUUUAAAAACAAAUAACUUAUAGAAAUGAAUAUAAAUGUGUAUAUUUUUUAAGCCAUUUAAAAUGCAAUAAUUACUAUUAUAUAAUAUAGACAACAAAAAAAAGAGAAUACUUUAUCUGCAAAUCAAAAGAAAUCUAACGAAAAAAAAAAAACAAAAAAUAUGUAUGUAUUUGAAAAAAAAAGAAAGAAAAACAAAUAACUUCUUAAAAUGUGUUACUAUCUUAGCAACUUCUUUUUCUAUUCCCCUUUUUUCUAAAAUUGGACAAAAAAUACCUUUACAUCUACAAGGGCAUUUGCUAACGAAAUUAAUAUUUGAAUAUGUGUUUGUUUUUUUUAAUGGAAUAAUAAUAACCAAAUUGUAUCUGAAUCUCUAUGCAAGUUUAUAGUAAAGAAAACAAAAUCAAUAAGUUUAUGCCUUUUUUGUUGUCAAAAAGCCAAGCUUUGUGUAAUGGUAAACUGAAAUAAGUAUACAUUAAUUUUUUUUUGGUUUUGUCACAAUAAAGUUCCCAGUGUUUCCAGUAAAUACCAGAAAAACAAACAAUAAUUUAAAAGUA